UCCCGGCAGCAGCGGGGACCCGAGGGAGCACAGCAGCACGGCCCCAUGUCCCAGCCAGCGCCAGGGCUCCCUGCCCCAGCUCCACCUCAUGAAGGUGAUGGCAGCCCCUACUCUGUCCUGGUGUCUGCUCCUCCUCCUCCUCCUGCCUCUGGCGUCUGCAGUGGAGAAUGACACGUCGCAGCUCUCCUGCUUCUACAACUCCAAAGCCAACGUCUCCUGCGAGUGGAGCCGGGAGGGGGGCCCGCAGGGCGCGAUCUGCCAGCUCCACGCCAAGUCCAACGUCCGGCCCUGGAACAAGACCUGCCAGCUGUCCCYGGGCGGGCAGGCGUCCUGGGCCUGCGACCUGGUCCUCGGGAAGCCGGAUUCCCAGCCCGUGAACGCGGUGGACAUCCUCAACAUCAGCGUGGUCUGCUGGGAGGACGGGCGGUGGCGCCUGCUGAAGAGCCAGGCCUUCAGGCCCUUCCACAGCAUGCGCCUCUUGGCCCCCGACUCCCUCCAGGUCCUCGAGGUCGGGACCCACACGUGCAACGUGACCUGGCGCACCUCCCUGGUCUCCCACUACAUAGAGUCCUACCUGGAGUUCCAGGUCCGCACGCGGUCCCCGGGCCACAGCUGGGAGGAGGCCGCCCUGCUGAGCCUCAGGCAGCAGCAGCAAUGGAUCUGGCUGGAGCAGCUCACCCCGCACACCCCGUAUGAGCUGCAGGUGCGGGUCAGGCCCCGGCGAGGCGACCACACGGUGUGGAGCCCCUGGAGCCAGCCGCUGGCCUUCAGGACGAGGCCUGCAGCCCCUGGGAAGGACACCCUGCCGCUGCCCUGGUUCAGCCACACCAUCCUGGGCCUCGGGGUUGCUGUGGGCCUCAUGGUCUCCGUCUACUUCCUGGCCAACUUCGGGUACAUCGGGCCGUGGCUGAAGAAGGUUCUGAAGUGUCGCAUCCCAGACCCCUCAGAGUUCUUCUCCCAGCUGAGCUCCGAGCACGGAGGAGACCUGCAGAAGUGGCUCUGCUCGCCCCUGCCCUCCACCUCCUUCAGCCCGGGCGGCCCCGCGGCCGAGAUCUCGCCGCUGGAAGUGCUGGACAAGGACGCCAAGGCCACACAGCUGCUCCUGCUGCAGCAGGACAAGGCGCCCUCGCCCUCGCCCAGCGGUCACUCGCAGACCAGCUGCUUCACCAACCAGGGCUACUUCUUCUUCCACCUUCCCGACGCCCUGGAGAUCGAGCCCUGUCAGGUGUACUUCACCUUUGACCCCUGCGCGGAGGAGGAGCCCGAAGAGGGCGGGCCUGGGGUGCCCACGGGGUCGCCCCUGCCGCCCCUGCCGCCCGCGAACGGGGACGAGGAUGCCUACUGCACCUUCCCCCCAGGGGAUGACCUGCUGCUCUUCUCGCCCRGUCUCCUCGGAGGCUCCCCCAACACUGUCCCCGGGGUCCUUGGGGCCAGCGCAGAGAGGCCGCCCUCCUCCCUGCAGGAGGGAGUCCCCCAAGACUGGGGCACCCCGUCCCUAGGGCCUCUUGUCCGGGCAGCCCCCAACCUGGUGGGUUCCCAGUCCUCCCUGGAGCUAGUCCUGGGAGAGGCUGGGAGGGAGGACCCUGCCCCUGGCCCCAGGGAAGGAGCCGACUCCKGCCGGGCCAGCCCUCCUGGGCAAGGCUGGGUCAGAGCCCCUACCUCCGGCCUGGCCCUGAACACGGAUGCCUACCUGUCCCUCCAAGAACUCCAGGAUCAGGACCCAGCUCACCUGGUGUAGACUGACGGCCAGUGGGGGAAGGCCAGCCAGCCACUGCGCCAGGCCGCAGAGGGGCCCAUUCUGUCCUUGAGGACAAUCCACUGCUGAGGAUGCUUAUGUCCAGCUGCUCCCAGAUAUCUCCAUCCAGAUGGCCCCACCCAGCCCCACAUACUCAAUUGCUGCUCCCUGGUCCCCCUGUCCAUCCUCCACAGGACAAGUGCGCAUCCACAAUACAAAUGUAGCCAGGUCCCUCCCCUGCUCCAGACCUGCUGUGGCUCCCCAUUGCCCAGCUCCAUUUCUUGGCCUGGCACUUGCCCCUCCAGCAUCAUAUCAGGAUUUUCCCAUCUGGACCCUCACCAGGGUCCUACUGAGCCACUUGGAGCUGCUUUGUGUCCCAAAACUUUGCAUGUGGUAUUUCCUGCACCUGGUCUGGCCUCCGCUGCAUCCUUCAAUGCCAGUGCCAGUUCUGCUUCUGCCUGGGGAGAAACACCGCCUUCCUGAAUGUGCCCAAAUCUCCAGAUUCCACCGGAAAAGACCCACUCUCAGGAGCACGAGGUGGCUGGAGAAAGAGGCCCUGUUACUUAUUUGGGGGGGCUUUCUCCUGAGCCCAGAAUGCUUGCAGGCUGCAUCCUAAAUGUGGCCCAAGUACGGACAAAGCGCCCCUGCAGAAUGUCCGCUGCCGAUCUUUCCACGGUGGCCUCACGGACUCACCAGGGAGGCCUGCUGGAAAGUAAACCCUGGCGCUGCCAAGGGGCGCUGCGCGGGGGCCGCCUGCUCCGCGCUGAGCUGUCCUCCAGAAAGCGGGCCCUCAGUGUCUCUUCACUGCACUUGAUACCCUACCCCGCACCCCCUGGGCUCCCUGGACGAGCUGAUGAAGGGCAGGAUCCCGCACAGAGGCCAAGCCCGCCCCAGCAAGAGGCGCAGCCCUCCCCGCCCACUCAAGUGGCUCGGUCCUUCCCAGUGCUCCUGCCACUCCUCUGCUUCUCUGCCCUCUGCCCUGGGCACUGGUCACACGGGGG